AUGAGGCUUCUCAACGCGACCACUUACAGAUUCCACGAGUACGUAGGGCGAGAUGUCCCUGAAUACGCCGUCCUCUCACACAUCUGGGGAGAGGGGGAGGUGACGUUCCAUGACAUGCGCCCUGAAGCUCCUCCGGAGAUCUGGAAGGCGAAGUCGGGCUGGGACAAGAUCGAGAAGUGCUGCCUCCGAGCCCUGGCCGACUCCAUUCAAUUUGUCUGGGUCGACACCUGCUGCAUCGACAAGUCGAGUAGCGCGGAGCUGCAGGAGGCCAUCAAUUCCAUGUUCCGUUGGUAUGAGGAGUCGACCGAAUGCUAUGCAUUUAUGGCUGAUUUCGAGGCCCUGCCGGGAGACGUGGAGAUGCGGCAGUUAAAGUCGGCGCGCUGGUGGACUCGUGGCUGGACCCUACAAGAACUCCUUGCCCCAGAAUCGGUCCGCUUCUUCGACUGGCAGUGGCGCGAAUUCGGAGACAAAGUCUCCCUUCGGCAGCAGAUCGCCGCCGUCACCGGCAUCAGCGAGGCCACGCUGUUGGGCACCGUCAUCGGCUCGCGCCAGGCUCUGGGCCGUGUCAGCGUCGCACAGCGCAUGUCGUGGGCGGCGCGCCGGGGGACGACGCGUGCGGAGGACACGGCAUACAGCCUGCUGGGUAUAUUCGGUGUCAAUAUGCCGCUGCUAUACGGCGAAGGCGGCACCGCAGCCUUCCAACGGCUGCAAGUGGAGAUCAUGGGGUCGUCGCCGGACCAGUCGCUGCUUGCGUGGGGCUUCGACCGCGCCGAGUCUGGGGCGUCGCCCUGA